AGAAGCGUGAAGAUUUUUUUUGAGAGCGGAAAAUUCUACAAUUUCUUAAAAAUUAAAAUAAUAUUUAUAAUUAAAAUAAUAAAACUAUAAUAGAUUUCUGUAAAAAUGUCAUCUGUUCAUUGCCAGUUGUGGAUGGGAAGUCUGGAGCAGUACAUGACGGAAAACUUUAUCAUAGCUGCAUUCCGUAAAAUGGGCGAAGAUCCCACAACAGUACGUUUGAUGCGUAACAAAUAUACUGGUGAACCAGCUGGAUAUUGUUUUGUCAACUUUGCCACCGAUGACAGAGCUAUGGAUGCCAUGCACAAAUUGAAUGGUAAACCCAUACCAGGGACAAAUCCCAUUGUUAGAUUCCGUUUGAACAGCGCCAGUAACUCUUAUAAAUUACCGGGUAAUGAACGAGAAUUCAGUGUUUGGGUGGGAGAUCUUAGUUCCGAUGUGGACGAUUAUCAAUUGUAUAAAGCCUUUUCCUCAAAAUACACAUCAAUUAAAACGGCCAAGGUUAUAUUGGAUGGUUCCGGGUUUUCCAAAGGUUAUGGGUUUGUACGUUUCGGCAUUGAAGAUGAACAAAAGUCUGCUUUGUAUGAUAUGAAUGGUUAUACAGGCUUGGGCUCGAAACCCAUUAAAAUUUGCAAUGCUGUGCCAAAGCCGAAAAAUGAACUGGGAGUUGCUUUGGGUACCACUAGCAAUUACGGAUAUGGUUCUUCAACAAAUGUGGGCGCCACUACAGCUGCAUCUAGUGCAGACUAUACACAAUAUUAUGAUCCAACCAGCACUUAUUGGCAGGGAUAUAAUGCCUGGCAAAAUUAUUACGAUCCCACCGGAACUGCAGCCACAGAUCCCACUAGCGCAUACUAUCAACAAAGUAUGGCCCAAUCUCAUUCAAAUCCCCAAACAUUAGCUCAACAUGCUGAGGCCUGGAGUGCUCAACGUAGUGCACAAUAUGAACAGCAAACUGCUGCUGCGGCUGUUUCUUCGAAUGGUGGUGCUGCCGCAGAAGAAGAUGAAUAUGCUUUGGUCGAACAUAAAUAUACAUUAGAUGUCGAAAAGUUGAAUCGGGAGGCUCUCGAUUCCGAUCGUAAUUUAUAUGAUGCUUUAGAAAGUUCCAAAUGGUUGCCUUUGGAACAAUUAGAAGCUUAUUAAAAAAAUAGUUUUAAGAUUUGUAUUAAGAUAUCUUUACGUUUCUUCUCUUUUAUACAUAUGUAUGUAUUUCAUUUAUUUUGCAAAUUAUUACAAAUAAAAAAUGAUCGGAAAAUAAA